UUCAUUACAAGACGCGUAUUACAUACCAAUUCUACCAUUCCAAACCAACAAUUAUCUAACCUCGGCGUCGCUUGACUUGAUAGACUCGUCUCGAAGUAUUCAAGAACCCAAAAUGGCAACCAUGGCAUUGGCUACUGCUCGCGAUAUCCCUAUGACCUCCCAUCUCGGCCGAGACAACUUAACUGCUGUAGCGGCCAACAGGAGCGUCCCUGUGACACGAACUCAUUCCCUACCGACUCCCCCCAAUUCCAUAUCACCUACGCUACCGCCCCAUGGCCUCAAGGCCCAGCUGCAAAAGGCGAGACUCGACUCUAUUGAUUCCGACUUAGAUCUUCACGAAGGUCACGAACGCAGCCCCGUCGGUUCGCCGGCCUUUGAGUCUGCAGGAGCUAUCACUCCGGCUCUACUAGCCAAAUUUCAUCUCCCGGAGAUCCUCCUGAACCACGGACCCUUGGCAAUUCGUUACAUCAUGGGUUAUCUCACGACCUCGGUGCCCGGUUUCGCGGGAAUUCCUCCGCCGAAGGCAAGAAGACUAGUUGUGGCAGCGCUGGAAGGACGUGGACAAGGACACGGUGUCGAAGGUGGAGGAGUGGAUGGCGAUGUGGAAUUCCAAAAGGUCGGAUGGGGCCGAUGGGACGCCAAGCGACGCGGUGAAGCAACUCGACUAUCCGCGGGCGAAGCCAACUCAGGCUCCUACCCGACUAGCAUACCAAUCUCGAAAGGCGCAGGAUGGAAUGGCGACCGAUCCCGACUCAAUACACGUGCCACUAGCAAUGGGAAUUCGGCGGCCUUCUCUCACGACGAUCGAGAUGCAAAUAUGAUGGAGAACGAGGCAGAUAAGAUGUCCCUCGACUCUCUAGAUGGGCCUGCUUCGGCCUCGUGCUCCUCGGCGCCCGAUAAUGAGGACAUGAUCAUGAAUGAUGACCCCGAGGACGCUACCGACGACGAAGACUGGGCAGCAGUAGGUGCUGCCGCGUUACGAGCGGCGUCAUACUCCAGUCCGAACGAAGCCCGCCAAGGUGCAAACCAAUCUUCUUCACGUGUAUAUAACUCUUCCGGAUUCCGAUCAUUCUCCGGUACUUCCGGUAUGCUUAGAGAACCUCGUCUCGAUAACAUCGACCUAGACGCACUAGCGGCUUCGUCUGAUGCGCAAGAGCGCGAGGCUAUCCAAGCACUUUUACAACUCGGUUCUGUAUAAAUAAUCUAGCAUGGACGGCGUUUGUCAGGAGACGCCCCGGUUCGGGCGGGAUUGGUUUGGUUUGGUUGGCUGGACUGGCUGGGCUGGUUAUCGUCGUUGUCCCUUUCUCUGGUCGAGGCGUACAUUUGUCAUACCGAUCAUCUCUAUUAUCGCCUUGCGACUUCUUUUUUUCAUCUUCCGACAUCCGGCGUCUGGCAUCUCGGGAAUAAUCAUCAUAGGUAUCCCAUUAUUUCCUAUCCAGGGAGAUCACGGUUUUAUUCCCGGAACAUUCCUCCCUGUCGAUGGUAUCAUUUGCAUGGCAUUUCUCUCAACCCUGGAGGUGGGUCGCAUCUCCGCGGUUGUGAGCGGUUCGGAGUUUUGUCAUUUCGACUUCC